GCCACAGGUGACGGAUGCAUUCAACACACACAUGGAAGGGGUAUGGGAUGUACAUCGAAGCCUUGGGACGCGCGCCAUCGGUGCCCCACGAAGGGUGGCCCCUCGCCGCACGCCCCACCCAGCCUCGUCGUGGGGCGUCCUCCCAUCACAGGAACCGGAGCAGCACCGGCACCAUCCACGCCGCCGCCUCAAGCCCCGUGAAGGGCGAGGCAGCAGGCACGGAAGCACCAGCACCGCCGCCGUGGACGCCAGCCUCGCUCGCCGAUGUCUUGUACGGCCAGUCGCGUCAUCGACGGGCGCACGGCGCACGGAGGCGCCGCACCCUCGCCUGGGACCGGUGCUUUUGAAGAUUCGGGGUCUGUCUCUUAGAGACUGCGUUAGGGAAGCAAGCGGCGGGGCG